CGCUGUAUCGCCUGGGUGGACAGUAUAGUUACUUCAACAUUAAAGGGAAUAAAAUGCCGCGGAUUUAUGUAAAUAGAGACGUCGCUUCAGCGUAAUUAAUUAGUACUUCGUAAUUUAGACUGGCCCCUUCGGAGCCGGUGGCGGGAGGCCUAUUUUCGGUUUUAUCAGCAAUAUUUCAGGGAGAGGAGUGACGUCCUCCUCACCACAGCAGCUGCGGGGAAGUUUGUCACUCUUGUCCCUGUUGAGCAACGGAUGAACUGAGGGCCUCCGCUCCUCAACUCCACACAUCUCUGCAGCAUCCACUCCACACUCCCGCUGCCCGUCAGCAAAAGGAGUCGACGACGUUGCCGCAUCUGGGCACAGAAAUGUGUGUGCGCCUGUUUCCUCGGAUGCAUGACUGUGUGUGAGUGUUAUUGGGCUGAAGUAAGAGGUCGUAGGCUGCACUUCCUCGCUCACCCUCCGAGAGGCACUUCUCCGCUUGACUGACUACGACGUUUGUCUCCACACCUGCAAAGCAUAAUGGGUAGGAAAAAGAUUCAGAUCCAACGGAUCACCGACGAAAGGAACAAGCAGGUGACAUUUACAAAGCGAAAGUUCGGCUUGAUGAAGAAAGCCUACGAGCUCAGCGUGUUGUGUGACUGCGAGAUCGCUCUGAUCAUAUUCAACCACGCAAACAAGCUGUUCCAGUAUGCCAGCACUGACAUGGACAAGGUCUUGCUCAAAUACACAGAGUACAAUGAGCCUCACGAGAGCCGGACCAACGCUGACAUUAUUGAGACUUUAAGAAAGAAAGGGUUUAACGGUUGUGACAGUCCAGAGCCGGAUGGUGAAGACUCCAUUGACCAAAGUCCCCUAAAUGAUGACAAAUACCGUAAGACCACAGAGGACCUGGAUGUUCUCUUCAAACGCUACGGACAGUCGACGGCUCCGCCCCAGACGUUCUCCAUGCCAGUCACAGUCCAGUCGUCCAAUCAGAGCGCACUGCAAUUCAGCAACCCUGGCAAUGCACUGGUAACUACCUCCUAUGUAACAUCAUCGUCGCUCACGGAUACCCAUCUCCUGUCGCCACAGCAACCGGCUCUUCAGAGAAACACGGUAUCUCCUGGGUUGCCACAGCGACCAGCCAGUGCAGGUGCACUUCUGGGAGGCGACCUGAAUAAUUCAAAUGGAGGAUGCCCAAGUCCAGUCCCGAAUGGAUACACCAGUGCCAGGGCCUCCCCAGGCCUCCUCACCGUUUCUAACGGCAACAGUCUGGGGAAAGUAGUUCCGGCCAAGUCUCCACCCCCACCUCCCAGCCCCCAGAUGGUCAACAGCCGCAAGCCAGACCUCCGAGUCAUCACCUCACAGGGCGGAAAGAGCCUCAUGCAGAUGAACGCCCAGCGGCUGGCAGCUGGAGCUCAGGUGGCUCAAACCCUCACCACACCGGUGGUCUCUGUGGCCACACCGAGCCUCCUGGCACAGGGGCUGCCCUUCUCCGCCAUGCCCACAGCCUACAACACAGAGUACCAGCUGACCAGUGCAGACAUCACUGCUUUACACGCUCUGGCGUCGCCUGGCGGCUUGUUGCCAACCAGUGUGUCCACAUGGCAGCAGCAGGCUGUUUCCCAGCAACCGCAACAGCAGCAGCAGCAACAACAGCAAGCACAGCAACAGCAGCAACAACAACUUAAUCUUGCAUCGCUCAGCAACUUGGUCAUGUGGGGCGUGGACAAACAGAGCAGCGAGCUGUCUAGCCAGGUGUCCAGCCUGGCUGCCAAUCUGAGUGUUGGCUCUCCGUCCAACCUGCUCUUGGGUAGAGAUGAGUGGUUGGGCCGGCCUGUGACCCAUAUACCUCAAGGCGCCAUGCUGACAGUCAACACAAACUCCAGUGUGAGCAUCAAGUCGGAGCCCGCCUCGCCCGGCCGGGAUCGCAGCACCCCUUGCCCUCCUCCAUCUUCAACCACGCCGUCCUCGACCUCAGGAGGAGCCAUCCUGACAGCGCCGCCACAGUACCCCGGCUCCCUGCUGUGCCUGGAGCCCCCGACCGGCCGCUCGCCUGCGGACAGUGUAAGCAGCAACGCCAGCUCCUUUGAAGGCAGCGAUCGUGAUGACACUGGCACAGCCGGCGGUGGAGGUGCCGGCGGCGGCACUACGGGAAGCGUAGGUCCCGCCAGCCGGUCCGUGCCGCCCGACUUCAGCCCCUCGGCCGAGGUCCUCAGGGCAUCGAACGAACCAGAGCAGGAGGGAGGAAACAUCAAGCGCAUGAGAUUGGACGCCUGGGUGACAUAGAGGCGCCUGCGACGCCUUUCUGCACCCACAGCGAAGUUUUGGUGACACUUAAACACCCACAACACACACCCACACUCAUCCUAAAACCCCCACUGCACCGACCCCACUGCCAUGUGACACUAUCAUCACACAUCUGCCUCUGUCCACAAUUACACAACUCAGCUGCGUUGCCCAGACUUUCAAGGCUUUGCCAAAAACAAACAAAAAACCCCCAUAAAAAAUAAAAAUCCUUUGGGAUCGCGCUCUGAGUGAAGAGAGGAUGGCUUAGUGCUCAGCUGGAUAUUUUGUCCCUGAUAGGUCCUUGAACAUAGAGGGACAGUAGAUUUUAAAAGCCUUCUUGCUUGAAUGACUCCCAUAUAGUACAUUCUUUUGGUAGAAAUGAGGUGUUGAACCUUUUUGCAAUCUGAGGAAACCAUAAAAACAUUUAUCUUUCACAUGGUUCCUGCAUAACCUUCAUGUUAUUACAUCGAGCUCUGCUACAUUGUUCACAAUGUGAUUGGUGGCUUGUCGACAUCAUGGGACUUCUGCCGUAUGACUCACCACUUCCUGCUCUUUGAGAUCCAGCAUCGCUUGGAUUGUGCGCUGUCCAUUCUUCCAUAAGUCACCUCCAAACUGCACUUUUGGAUAUAACGUAAAUCUGGACACGUUUGAGGCCUGAGCAUCUAUCUGGCACUGAGCAAACGGACUCAGACGGGGUCUUCUAGGUGAGGAGACUUCAACAGGAACGGUUCUGUCCGCUGCCACAUUUACCAACCUCAGCCCAACAGGUGGCACUCUGUGGCUGUGGAGUCGAGGACCUUGCCAGAGUGCCAAUUAUAACCUCUUUUCAACAACAACAACACAAAAAAAUGCCAAAUGCCUCUCGCACAUGGUGCAGGGACACUGAUGAAUUAUUACUCGCACUGUCACGGAAAUAACGAGGACUAAAAACUGUCGAUGCUUUCCAGGCUUUGAAUUCGCCGUCAGUCUCUCCUCGGACUGGGUGCUCCUCCCGUCCUGUCUCACCUCAUCUCCUCUGGAACUUGGAUGGAAACUGUUGCACCAGAAAUCCAGCCAGUCACUCAGCUUAUUAACCAGGAGUAGAUGCCAUCCAGCUAAAUGCGUAGUCUGAGUUUUUUGAGCCUCUGGUGGCUUUUUUUGGGUAGAGAAGUAUUUGGUUCUUUCAGUCCAAGUGUUCUUUAUCUGUUGGUAUUGAAAAAAAAAAUCUGUUUUGAAGGUCCGUUAGUUGUCCAGAAGUAGGAAUUAUGACUUUGUAUAAAAAUCACUCCUUAUACAAAAGCUUUGAUGUCCUCUUUAGCUCUCUCUAGCUCUUCUUAGCUCUUUGCCGUGUUUCAAAAAGUGAAAGGAAAAAGACAUUUUCUAUAUUUCUACCGCUUCAGUUGGCGACAAAGUAAAAUAGCUUUUCAGCUUCAACGACGUGUAUGUACAUAUGAAUAUAUUUGCAUAGACUUUGCUAGGUAUCCCUAAAAACAAGCAAUGUGUUGAUUCUCAGUGGAUCUGUUUGCAUAUAUGAGUGUGAAUUUGAUAUGUUUCGAGCUACGGUGCAGGGGUUACGCCACACUAGGUAGUGCUGGUGGAUCGGACUUGUUUCAGUAAACCUAUUUUAUGCUAGUGUUGAUGGUGUGUGCACUUUCUGUCCCUCACUUAGAGGCCUGCUUGGUUGUGGUGUCAUCAUAUUCUCCUACCACUCAUUUUUAAAACCCACGAUCAAAGUAAAAUUUUCCAUAAACACCUUAAGAUGAACUGAUUAGGUCACUGCCAUUCACUUGUAGUGUAGUUAAGAGAUGAAACGCACUUCUUUGACGCAUAUUUUGGUUGACAGAAUUGUGUACGAUCUUUUCCACGUUAAGCAGACACAGGUUAUGCCUUUUUUCACUUUGAAAUUAAGUCAAGAAAUUGGCAGCCAAGUGCUGUUUGUUGUUAAAUUGUAUGUUUCUAGUACAAAUUUGUUUUGUCUGAACCAUUUCAGGUUUGUGUAUGAGUGUGUACACAGGUUGGUUAUAGCCUACAAAUAGAGAGUUUGUCCUUAAUGCUUUUUUUUUUCUUUCCUCGAGACGAUGCUCAAAGUGCAGACUGGUGUUGUUGACUGUUUAUUAUCUACUUAAACUGUCCUACACUUUUAAGUCAGUGUAGGUGAGGUGGAGGAAGUGGACACGGCUGCUUUUACGACAUGAUGCUGUGGUGAGUGUCCAGAAAAAACAAAAACAUCUGCAUGCAGUGUGACAUUUUUGCGCCAGCGUUGUUGAUGUUUUUCAUGGUCGGGUGAUUUUUCAGUCCCCCGUGUGACAGUGUGGUGGGAAACUUUUCACUCUGCUAAUUUCAGGUUCGUACUGUUUUCUUCUGUCAGCUCUCUGGUAAACUAUUUGACAUCCAACACGUUCAGUAAACUCAUGUUGGAGAAAAUUUGCCUCUUAAACCUUUAAAGGAAUAGUUCAACAUUCUGAGAAGUUCACCUUCAUACCUAGAGUUAGAUAAGAUCAAUACUCGCGUUGAACGUGAAGGUACAGCCAGCAGCCUGUUAGCUUAGCAGGAAAUGGGGCAGACGGUUAGCCAUGCCUACCAAGCACCACUGUAGCUCACCUCUAAUGUUGCACACAUGUCAAUUUUAAAUGAAUUUCCAGAAAAUCUGCAAAAAAUAAAUGUGCAUUAAUGCACCAUUCAAUCCACUACGAUUCUGCGAAUAUUAGGAGGUCAUGCAUCAAGAGAAACAGCUGCAAACCACUGCAGACUCGCGUGAAAAAAAAAGUGUUUAUCCGAAAAAGUUGAACUGUUCCUUUUAAAGAUGCAACGAGCGCUACCAGCCUCCAGACAGAGCGAAUGAGCUCCCGCUUUUACCACGCAGCCAUUUCCAUUUUUGAAAACCCUAAUUUCCAGGUGAACUCUGUUUGUGGGCGCUGAUGGUUGACUGAAAUGUGACACCACACCGAUUGGCUUCGGCAUCCUGCUUCAUGCAGGUUUGUUCCUGUACAAAAAGUUCUCUGUCCAAUCUAGCAGUGUAGUCACAAGACAAUCUACGUAUAUGAGAAAUGAAAACCUGCACCCCUGUUACUUGUUGUGUACAAUGUUUUUAGAAUCUCACUAUUUUUGGAUUAAUUUGUGCUGGUGACAGUUCCAUUGUCUAUUAUUAUGAUGAUAUUAUUAUUAUGGAGCUUUUAUUUUAUUGCUAUUUUGUGUAGGAUAGUCAACUGUUUUUAUUUUCUUUCUUAUUUUAUCUUAUCAUAAACAUAUAGCACUGGUUUCCUUUUUUUAAACAACUUGCUGAAAAUUGCACGAUCAGUUAUUGUGGUAUUAGCAAAUGCAAUGAAGGAAAUACCAGUUAAAUGCUGCAAUUUUAAUUAAGAUAUAGAAUAUAUUUAUAAAAACGGGAAACAACUGAAAUUAGUAAUUCAUAAAAUUUGAAAAAUGUAAAUGCAUGGGAUACAGGUAACAACGAAACUUAUGUUACGUACAGUAAUGAUAAAGGACAUGCAUCACAAAUGAGUUUUAAAACGACUCAGAAUAAUGUAGCAUAUGAAAUACUAAAGAUGAAAUUUAUAGCUAAUAUAUUGUGUUGAGCUAGUCUGCUUUGGGUUUUUGUUGUAAAGAAAAUAUUUCUUUGUUGUUUUUUUGAGAAUGAUAUACAGUUUGUGUAUAUUUUCAUAUACAAAGUAUGCACUGAUAUGUUAUUGAAAUUCUAUACCGCUUUUACAAAAAAGUGUUUGUUGUACCAAAGUAUCCAAGUCCCUUGAGACCUUACCCUUUUUGCGUAUGUUUUACCGUAUUUUAUAUAUUAAAUAGACAAACUGAGUGAAA